UGCCAUUAGCUGGGCAGCCAGAGAGGAAAAGGGAGCUGUUGGCUGCGUCUGUAGCUGCUGCAAAUUAUCGGUUUCCUCCUGCUUCAUUUAACUGCUGCUGCUGCUCAUCCCAGCCGUGGGUUGUGGAGGGAGGGAGGGACUGUCGGUCGCGGUGGCAACAAGCAGCAGACAGGCUGAGAUGCUAAGAGCAAGGAUGGCGCCUCCUGGAAGGACAAACCUGCCUAUAGCUGGGCCUGGUCUCCUCUGAAGAAGGAGUUCCUGAUCUGAAUCCCAGCGAGUCUGGAGGGAUGCGGAAGCCAGGUGAAUAGGGCUUGUGAAUCAUCUGAACCUUCAAGCUGAAUGGAAAAGUUACAGAAGCAAUUGACUUCCCCAGGGAGUGUCGGUUCAUCCCGGGGAUCCAGUGUCCCAGGGUCACCCUCCAGCAUUGUGGCCAAAAUGGACAAUGAAGUCCUGGCAUACAAGGACUUGGCAGCAAUCCCCAAGGACAAGGCAAUCCUGGACAUAGAGCGUCCAGAUUUGAUGAUCUAUGAGCCCCACUUCACCUACUCUCUCCUGGACCACGUGGAGAGGCCAAGGAGCAGAGAGCGUUCUCUCUCACCCAAAUCUCUCUCUCCUCCGCCUUCUCCAGAAGUCAUCCGGGACUGGAUGGAGAACAAGUCUCCAGGAAACACCUCCCAGGCAGCUAGUCGGAGGGCCAGCAGCUCCAGUCGCAGCGGAGUCCAGCACUUCCAUCGUCCUGAUACCAACACAACAGAGAUGAACAUCUAUAAGAAGCCUCCAAUCUACAAGCAGAGGGAGCACUCAACAACACCAACCCCCCAGAGCAAACACGUUAUAGAAGACCUGAUCAUAGAGUCUUCCAAGUUCCCAGCAGCCCAGCCCCCAGACCCAAACCAGCCAGCCAAGAUUGAGACGGACUACUGGCCCUGCCCACCUUCUCUGGCAGUUGUUGAGACAGAGUGGAGGCAGCGGAAGGCUUCAAAGAAAGGGGAAGAAGAGGACGAGGACCUCACAACAGAAAUGAGGAGCCUGCGGGAGCUGCAGAAACAAGAGCUGAGCAAGAUCGCCUCCAACCUAGGCAAGCUCAUCCUGAAGGAAGAGAUGGAGAAGUCACUCCCCAUCCGGCGGAAAACCCGCUCCCUCCCCGACCGAACCCCCUUCCACACCUCGCUGCAUGGAGGAAGCUCCAAAUCCUCAUCCCUUCCUUCCUAUGGGAGAAGCACUCUUGCCAGGCUACAGUCAACAGAGUUUAGCCCAACUGGAAGUGAGAAGGGCAGCCCAGGUAAGAAAAAUGGUGAGUGUGUGUGCUUUCCUCUGCAGAAUGGCCAGCGAGGACGGAUGGACAGAGGGAACUCCCUUCCUAGUAUGCUGGAGCAAAAGAUUUACCCACACGAGACGCUGAUGGUAACGAAUCGGGGCCGUGUGAAACUUCCUCCAGGAGUAGACAGAACGAGGCUAGAGAGACACCUCUCCCCCGAGGAUUUCCUGCGUGUCUUUGAGAUGUCACCAGAGGAGUUCAGCAAGCUGGCCCUGUGGAAGCGGAAUGAGUUGAAGAAGAAAGCCUUCCUCUUCUGAUCCCCUCUGAACCAACGGGCUCAGUGUGAACUCCAUGUGUGUCACGCCGUCUUGCAUCACAGACGCUUUAGGGCUACGACUGAGCUGGUUCCAAGGAACUUUCCCCUUCUUUUCCAUGCACCUCACUUGCUGCAGAGGCAGCUCCAAGCCUGGUAGAAGGUAGAAAGAAGCAGGCUCAGAGGAGAAGAGCAAGAGCCUGGCCUUCCCUAGGCAGGGCACAGGACACAGCCUGCAUAGGCAAGAGGAAUGGGGUGAAAAAAGGAGGUUGUGCUCUGCCCUCUCCCUUCAGGUCCAGCAACGUUUGACAGGGCUCAUCAGAAGCUUCAACCAAACACCAUGCCCACCCUCAGUCUGUCUUUUGCUCAUAGGCAUCCAGGGCGAGAUGCACACCGCUCUAGGUGCCAAAAGGCUUAAGGGACAGACAGCAAGGGUAGCAGGUCUUAUCCCACCUUCUGGACCUACCAUGCCUCUGCUGGAGCAGCAUCUCACCGGGGCACAAUUCUUGGGGUAUCUGCCACACAACAGCACCAGCUGGGGAAGUUUGCAGGCUCCACUGCACCUCAAAACCUUAAGUCUUUGCUACCCCUCUGCUUUUCCACGGAAAGCGUUCACCGGUCUCCUCCC